UAGAAAAAUGCAUCUGAUCCUGACGCUGCUCGGCUGUGUAGCUGCAGCUGACAGCUGCCUCCAGUGUGACCCCAGGGUUCAUGCUAAGCAUCAACAAUAUGCCCUGUCUGCCCGGACCUUCAGCAAACAAAUUGCAGUUAAAAUAAUUAUCGAUCAAACAAUAGAGGGCUACAUUGGAAUCAGCAGGCAGCAAAAAGUGGUAAUCGAUUUCUUGAGCAUGAACUUCGCUGGAACCGAAUAUCUCUGUUUAUUUAAGAACUUCGCAGAAACCCAUCACGCUGGACCAUUUGAAGCCACUCAAAUCAUGGAGAAGGACAAGACCAUCUUAAAGAAACACUUGGAGCUCUUCAUCCGUGAUGAUGUUAAUGAUCCAGAUGUUAAUGGUCCAGAUGUUAGCACUGUGUUAGCACCGAGUGAGCACCGAGUGCAGGCUGAGGAGGGAGGCCAGGCAAUGUUCGACUGUUUCCUCCCAUGGCAUCAACUUCUCACAAGAAAACCAGAGUUUAACUUCACCUGGGCUCCAGGAGAGCCUGGAACGGCAAAGCUGAACGAGACCGACUUCAAAGUGUUGGUAGUGACAGAAGAGUCAUUCUGGAUCUUAAACGAGGUGGAGGAACAAGGAACGUAUAGCUGCACGGUUCAGGAUCCAAGUGGAACCAUCUUCUAUCGAGUCACUUUCCUGCUCACUGAGCGCUGAUUAAGGAGCGGAGGAGCCGCAGAGGAGGAGGACAGAGGAAAAAAACAAAACAAAGGACAGUGUGACGACGACCCUAACCCUAGUGUAAAAAAUACAUUGAUAAUGCGACGCUGCUCGACUGUGUCUCUGCAGCUGACGCUUGCCUGCAGUGUGACCCCAGGGUUCUUGUUAUGCAUGAAAAAUUUGCCCUGUCUGCCCCGACUUUGACCAAGCAGAUUGCAAUUAAAAUGAUCAUCAAUGACACAUAUGGGAGCUACAUUGAGAUCAGCAUGCCGCAAAAAGGAGUAAUUCGGUGAGAUAAAGGACUGGUGAUUAUUCACUUAAAGCGACAAUAUCUUACUUUUCUACCCUGGCCAUCAUUUUGUCCUGGAUAGAAUCUGAUUUAGAGGCAUUGAGUUUAAAACGAUAACAAACAGUAAAACAUGACUCUGUUUCCCACUCCUCAGAUUUCACUAGUAUGAACAGAGCCAGCUAUGUAUUCAACCUCUUCAUGCAAACCCAUCACUCUGGUGAGGAACAGAAAACAUCAUUCAUUGUAAUGAAUAGUUCUCAAAUGGACUCAUAAUUAAGACAAACAUUAUGUCCCCCCCCUUGGCCUGUUCUUAUUACAGGACCAUUUGAAGGCAGUCAGGUCAUGAAGAAGAGCAAGAGGAUCUUAGAGAAACACUUGGAGCUCUUCAUCCGUGAUGGUAAUUGACAUGAAUAAUAAUGCUCGUUGUGCACAGUAUCAUGCAGGGCACUUUAUAUAAUGAGAACGACAUGAGUAAGAAUAAAAUACUUAAUUAAACAGACGCUCCGGUUAUACUAUUACGCUAAGUUACACUGCGCAAGUAAGUUUACUUAACACCUCUAAAGGGUAAUUUUCUUUAAAAACAACAGUUGUAACAAACAUGUUUACGAUCAUUUUCUUUAAAAACAAUUGUUGUAAUAUAAACCUCUGAACAGUAAUUUUCUUAGAAAAAAAGGACUGCCCCUUGGAGUGGUGGUCAUUUCACAAAAAAGCCUAUAAAAACAAUGGCUAAGAAGCCAAAAUAAUUUGUGUUUUCUUUUAAAUUGUGUUAAAAGAAAAAUGUUUAAUUCAACCACAAAAUGGCUAAGAAGCCAGCAUUCUGUUUAGCAUGAAGAUCAUAUUAAUGUUCCAUAUGGAAUAGCAAAGAGAACUGCUAAAGAACUGUUGAGUUGCAGCACCAUUGUUUUGUGUUUUUUAUGAAUAAAAAAAGAAAACAUGUUAAAUGUA